AUGUCCAACCCUAACAUUGUAGUCGAUACCUUCAAUCACAUCGCAUUUCCUCCCAAGCUCCCUGGGAAACGAGACAACCAACCGGAAAAAGUUGAUCUCGACCUCAUCACUCGCCUGCGCCAUGCGGUCCAGACUCUCCAUCGCAUGGCCUAUGACGAUAUGAAGGCGGUAUGGCAGUGUAUCGAGGUAGCUUUAGAUACUUGUCGUGUAGUGAACGAGAAUGGCAUGGUGAAUAAAGUCGCGUUGCUAGACGCCUUCGAUAAACUGCAUCCAGAAAGCCCUGUGAUCGUGUAUAUCGCAGAGCAGAAUGCGGCACUUCUCUUCCGAAAGGCCCAGGGCAGUGAUGAUGUGAUCAUCGAAGGCUUCGAGGCUUCGCCUAGUGCGGAGCAAACGCUUGCUGCCUCUGGCGCGCUGCAAUGGCAUUUCCCAGGAACGGCAAUAUCUCUUUCUGGUGAAGAGUUUGGGAGCCCGGACCUCCAAGAGAGUCUGGCGACGUUCCUGGAAAUGGCCAGCACGGAACAGAUAGAUGAGUUUGCAGCGAAGUCACGGAAAGCGGGGGUGAAGCUGGCCGAGAGUCGAGAUGUCGUCGACCCGGCAUUAAUCUACGAGUUCCUGAUAACGCUUCUCGGGGUGAAUGGUUGUCGCAUAUGCCCACCAUUAUUAUCCAAGCGCGUAAAGGAUGAUGUUUGUUGGGAUAAUGCCGAGCUCCCAUGGCGACGCAGUCCGUUUUGGUUGGUGCUCCGGGUCUGCGUCCAACGAUUGCUAUACCUACGACUGGGAGAUGAAUUGGGACGCCUGUACUACAAGUUCCUGCUGUGUGUUGUGCUGGCUCAUCUCUUGAACGAUGUUACCAAUACGAGGACUGUGUCUAUGGAGAAUUGGGGCUGGCUUAAAGCCAAACUCUGCCGUCGUCUGGUCAAACUAGAAAUGGCGAAGGCACGGUCACCCUCAGCAGUGCACAUAGCAUACCUUCGUCUAGCCCACAACUUGGAGCCCCUUUUUCAACAGUACGUUGUGACAGCCGAUACUGUAAUAAAGAAGGAAUGGGAGGCAUUCAAGAGAGCCGUUCAGCGAAAGAUACCACUGCUACCACUAUACGCCCAACCGAGAGACAUAUCCUUGAGUUUGCCAGCCAGCAUGCCAUACCUUCAAAAUGCCCUACAAGCUCCUCGGAGCGACACCCACAGAAGCCAGGACAUAGAUUCGGCGGUUCUAGCUGAAAGGACCCGAGGAAAUACUACAGAGCAAUUUGCUUCUUUGUCAAUACAAUACUCCUCUCUUGUAAAUCUCGAGCUGAGAUUGCGGUCUGGCCCACGGGAAAUUCCCACUUCCAACCUCAAGAGCCAGAAGCUUUGCAUUGACGUUGCUCAACGGAUAAACCAAUACAUCAAUGUUGUGGGAAAUGCUUACAAUGAAGAUCAGGAGCAACUGAGUGAAUUCAUCAUGAACAUAUUUGAGUUGUGGGUAUACAUGGACAAAUGUGCUCUGGUUGCAUAUCCACUACUCGAGCAAUAUCACCCAGGCUUUCACCCGGAGCUGCUGGACGUGUUAUACUUAUCUAGACUCACCGACCUAGAGCGUUUACAGGAAAUCCAAAACUAUAUUCAUAAGCGUUGCACUGGGGCUUCGGAAAAGGAAAUGACCAUAUUCGCAGAUCCAUCUCCAGAAUGUUUCGCGGAUCGAUAUCUGAGGUCUUCCAUGGGAGAGGGCUUAGUCCACCUGCAAGACCAAAUCGAAGCCGCGUCAGUGGCUUCUCGAUGCAGAAAGGAAGCAGAGUUGGCGGAAGUAAACGGUGAAUUUCAAAGCUUAUCUGAAAAGAUCGCGCGGACCUCAUGCACCCAACGGAGAAAUCCUGAUGGAACUCAUGAUAUUCGUGGAUGCAAUCACUGCUACCAUAUUCGUUGUCGUCGACGGCUUCAAAUCAGUGUUCACGAGGACUAUCUGCCCACAGGCAACAGAAUAGCCGAAACAAGGGCGAUCGUGUUUGAACUAGCAAUUCCCGAGGCCUUUGCUGUGUACCGCAGCACUACGUGGAGCAUCAUAAAUCGACUUGGUCCUCAGGUAGAUUUACCAACAACGGAAGAGCCCCGCGUUUUACUUGAAGAGUACAAGCAGCUUGUCAACUAUAAGAGAACCAUUCAAUGUCAAGGCCGGUUUUCUUUAGCCUCCUACACAAAGACCUACCUAGGUACACAUUACAAGUGGAGGAAAUUGCCAGCGGCCAAAAAGAAUGUUCUGCUUCCACAGGGGCUCUCAUUCCGGUAUUAUGAUGCAGAAAGGCGAUUAUGGGGCAAGGAUAGAGCCCCGCUCACGCUUGCUCACCAUUUUUCUCUUUCUCUUCCCCCAAACCAUCCACUCGCUGGUCUCUACUCAUCGUCCAGCUUUGCCCCUGAUGGUCCGGGUCCCUCCUCAUAUGAAGCAAUUUCGAAAGUCCGAGAGCGCCCUCCCACUAUAACUGCUCAUGAAUUCAUGGCACACCAAGCCUUGAUGGCUGGAAAGCACAGUCGAUGGGUUUCAAUCCUUAUUGAGCUUGGGUCAUCGAAUCUCAACCUUAGCUCAGUAGAGACAAUGAUUUUAUUGCGUCAUCUGGCAUUGCAGGCUGGCCCUAGGGCACCAAGCGAUACGCUGCGAAUCUCACAUUCAGUGUUUAGGGAAGCUGAAUUCUGUAAGAAAUUAGUCGACCAGAUUCAUCAGCAUCUCUCGAUUAUCGCACCCAAUUGGCGCGAGACUACCUAUAUGGAAACAAUGCUCACCUUGACUAUUCAGCUCUGUAACCUUGGAUGUCAUGAAACAUCCGCAGAAGCUAAGAAUUUGCUCUACCGAAUCCGCAAUAUUACACUCCAAUGGAUCAAUCAUUUGCGUAAUGAGACUCGAAACGCCUCAGAGGUGGAUGUUGCAGAAAGAGCAGCUCGGUAUUGCUUCCUAGCUGCACUACUUUGUCGGCGUACCUUCUCCGUCCACAGCGAUACCCAUGUUUCUCUGGAUAUGGACAAUGCUCAGUGUUUUAUUGAAGCAACUCUUGCCCUCCAGGAGAGCCUAGUGAUGGACAUAACCAAGUUUAGUAAUUUGACGCGCAGCAUGUUAGUCCGUGACAUAAGGAUGUCUGCUCAACUUCGUCAAAUCAUCCAAAACACGAUUAGGAUACACCCCAGUAGUAUCAAUUGCGUUCUGGACAAGGUAUGGCCAAGUAGCUCCGGUAGAGUGUACACUACCUGGGAGCAUUUGCAGCAUCCAUAUGAAGGUUGGGUCACCGCCAAAGCAAAGGGUACCGAACAAACCCUACCGCAAGUCUUCCAUUUCCACCUAUUGGAGGGACAUCUUUUGGUAGAUGGUAAAGCUCUCGGGAAGCUGCCUGCCGACAUUCGCGACUCAGAGACUCUCAAAGAGCUUUUUGGAAACCAACGUCUGAUUGCUUUUCCUUCGAAUAUGCCUGGAAUGAAUUAUACCCUAGCACUUGAUAGGGAAGGCCAUCAGAUUCACUUAGGAUAUCGAAAUAAGAACCUAGUAAUUCGGGCCUGGAAGAAUGGCAGAAUCUUUGAACUCAUUCCGCGUUCAGUGUUUGAGAGAAAUGGGAAACUUGAUUUGCCUGUUCCUUUAAUCUUCGACUGCGUACACUGGGUCGAUCUAAACUCAGGUAUCCUCGAGGCUAGACGUAUGCCUCUGAUAUGGAGAGAAAGACCUGGUAAUUGGAAGAUUAAUAUCCGAACACGGCAAGCACAACGAGGGAGGUCUUUGCUGGUUGAUCCCUAUUCCCAGCUAGCUAUCUCAAUCGCGGAAAUCUUCCAUCAUUUUGAACAUCCCUCAAUGCUGACAAUAUACCAACCAGCUAUAAACAAUCUUUCUGUUGAGUUGAAACGCAUGAACCUCGGGUUUCAUGUAAACAAACGGCAGCUUUUACAAUGCAAGCAGCUGGCGGCUGAAGUGGAUCCAAACCAGGACGCCGGCACUCUGUACGGCCUCCAAAGUAUGCUCGUGCUCCGAAAUGCCUACAAUCGUUCGCAGCGUAGUAUCAUUACGCCUCUUGGGAAGCUCGAGUAUGAACGUCAUGGGAUGCAUGUGUUAGUACGUAAAGGGAACAACGGAGACUAUGGAAGGUAUAUGAUCGAUGAUGUCCUUGGCAGAUUACAUGGACCGGUAGAGCCAUUGCUGCUGUAUACACUGGCUCAGCUCCACGCAUUCACAUCGUUUAUGAUCCCUGAUUCCUUAACUGGACGGACAGGGACGGAGGAAGCGCUAUCUUACUUAAGGUCGGGCUCUUCUCAGCCGUGGACGCCUCUCAGCCAGGGUAGUAUCGAUCUUCUGCAAAAUAUCUCGUGUCUUAGCCCACAUCGUGAAUAUUAUCCCCGGGGCGUCAAGCGACAACAGCUGGUCAAGUGGGAUCCAAAUCUUACGGUGUCCAUUCAGCACGAGGCAUAUCAACCGGUUAUACAGUCGAUUCUCGAUAAGUCCCAGAGGCUUUCGCUGUUCCAAGUCCAAGCAACGCCUCCCUUGAUGGAUACACCAAAGAGCAAAGUGCACCUUCAAGAAAGGGCCUGCUGGCGCCGGUGUCUAUAUGAGCGUACAGACGCAUCAUGCGAAAAUACGAUGGAAUUGCCUGAUGUAAUCUAUACAUCUCGUUUCAGAUAUUGUUCAUCCAAGAAAGCUUCGCGCGUUCGGGAAAUCGUCACCCUACUCAGAGAGCGGCCAUCAAAAAUCUACACAACACACAAACUUUCUAGCAAUUUGAGCAAGUGGUCCUAUAUAGGUGGCUAUACGGAAGCUUUCGCUUCAUAUAGUCUUGAGGGGACUCUAUUUGUUGAUCUUGCAGCUGAAUGGGGUAAACUGAUCCGCCGUUGUGUUGAGUCUGGCAUGCAAACUUCCCAUUCUCUGAUGUUUUGCCUUGGAUUGAUGGCUUACGGUGACGGUAUCGACUUAGGUAUGAUUCGGGUCUUAGCCGCGUUUUCCAUACUGGAUGACCUCAAGCAAUUAUCGUUGCCCUUGUAUUCGUCGUUUGAGAAUUUCCGCGACCAGGAGUGCCCCGACUUUGAUUCAGUACUGGCACUGGUACAGCCCUUUGGCGCAAGAUAUAAGGACCCGACUCCCCAAAAGAAGAAGGCUAAACAAGCUAAGAAGGCUGCGGAAGCUGCGCGGAUCCAACUGGCGAAGGAGAACCACGAGAAAAAAUGCGCGCACGAAAGUAAUGACUUCGUUUCAUUUAUCCUCCAACAGUGGCCUUGUGCUGAGCCCUCGAAAGGUAAAUUCUCCGCAUCAUUGCUUAACGUCGUUGGGGCUCUAGAGGCAGUCAGUCAGGACUGGUUCCGGCGGUACAAGAACAUGCGACUCGCGGCCCAUAUCAACGAUGUUCAAAAAGUCCUAAAUGCCCACAGCGCAAAGGAAAACAAUAUUGGAGAUCCUCCAGCUACAUCACAGCCUACAGUGAUGAGACCUCAAUGCCUGAGCUCCCGGAAUGUCGUCCUGACGCUCGGACAAGAUCUCAUCAGCAAAUCUGGUCUAAAAUUAGAAUCGAUUUCGAACUUUUCAUCCAAGCACGACGAACAGGGAGUUUUGCAUUCAGCUGGCUAUCAACUAAAUGCAUUCGGUCGGACACUUCUAUCGAAGUGGACAGCGGGACGGGCCCGAGAGAUCAAUGAGCUUGAGGGGAUAGUGCACAGGAUUGCCUACUCGGACUGUACAGUCAGAUCUAAUUAUGGUCAGGACCUGCAGCUGAGCAUUACUGCCCUAAAGAACAAGCGUCCGGGCUCAGAGACAUCAUAUCAACCAGAAAUACCCUAUCAUGAGGGAAUGGCAAGAUGUGAUGCCGAUAUCAGGAAAGCGCGGGCGAUUGUGGACCGGUACCACCACCAGAUCUGCGACACAUUUACCGAUGGGGACCCGGCGUUCUUUUGGUUGCAAAGUGGAAAUCUGUGGCCAUGUGUCACUCCAGUGACCAUUCUGCAGCAGCUUAGAUCAACCUCUGGUGCAAAAUUUGGACCGAACAUGAAGGAAGCUCUACUAUCAUAUGCAGUUGCAAUUGUCAGAUUGCAGCGGCUCAUGCGCAUAAAAGAGCUUUUUGCUAAACGUGAUAAGAGCAGACUGGAUCAGGAACGCUGCCAAUCAUCCCAUUCUAUAUGGGAUUACGUAGCAUUUCCCGAUUGGCUCCUUCUUGAAAUCGAUUCCAACAUGCAGAUACGCCAAGAGCAAGUGACUGUAGCCCUCGAGAUGGUGUCUCCUGCCUCAGGUUCCAAUACUGUUUUGCAGAUGAAUAUGGGACAAGGGAAAACAUCCGUAAUCAUGCCAAUGGUCGCAGCAGCCUUGGCUGAUGGUCACAUUCUUACCCGACUUCUAGUACCAAAGGCACUCACAACUCAAACUGCGCAGAUCCUACACGCACGUCUGGGGGGACUUGUUGGUAGAAGUCUUAUCUAUAUUCCAUUCUCACGACGUACUCCAAUAACUUCAAACGUAAUUGGGGAAUAUCGCGCCCUGCAAGAGAACAUACUUCGUGAAUCGGGCAUCGUUCUAGGCAAUCCUGAACAUGCCCUAUCAUUCAAGUUAAGUGGACGGCAGCUUCUUUCAGAUUUGAAGAUUCCUCAGGCCGUUGAGAUGGUGGAAACUCAGGAUUGGAUUGACCGUGUUGCCCACGAUAUUCUCGACGAAUGUGACUUUACAUUGGCUGUAAAAACACAGCUUAUCUAUCCUGGUGGCUCGCAGCUUGCUGUCGAUGGACACCCUGACCGCUGGGAAGUUAUCAUGGCUGUACUGGAGCUGGUAGCCCAGCAUCUCUCCGAUUUAGCGCGAGAGCUCCCGUAUAGUAUUGAUAUAAUUGAAAGAGCGGCCUCUACCUUUCCAAUUGCACAUCUUCUAAGGGAGGAUGCGGAGACAGCUCUUAUCGAGCGAGUUGUUCAAGAUGUCUGUUCUGGUCAAAGCACUAUUCUUCCAAUUCGAGACUGCAAGGCUUUCGAAUUAGAGGCAAUUCGACAAUUUAUCUACCGACCAAAUGUUGAUAGAGCAAUCGUCAAAUGUGUCAAUGGCCUAUUCCAGGAUAUGCCCAAAGUCCGCAAGAGAAUUUACCUGCUUCGUGGAAUUUUGGUGCAUCGUAUCUUGCUGCUUUGCCUUAAGAAAAGAUGGAAUGUUCAGUAUGGCCUUCAUCCAAGCCGAGACCCUAUGGCCGUCCCUUUCCACGCAAAGGGUGUUCCCUCCGACCAUGCAGAAUGGGGUCAUCCAGACGUUGCUAUCUUGUUUACUUGCCUUGCCUUCUAUUACGAGGGCUUAACGCAGGAGCAAUGCCGACGGUCCCUCCAAGCUAUUCUCAAAUCAGAUGAUCCUGCCACAGCGUAUGACCGUUUGACGCAAGGAUCAGGGAUAACCCUCCCGGAAACCUUACGACACUGGAAUUUAAUCAAUAUUGAUGAUCACGGCCAGAUUGCGGAGAUUUGGUAUCAUCUACGCUUCUCGAUAACAGCUAUUAACUAUUUCCUGAAAACAUUGGUUUUUCCCACCCAUGCCAAACAGUUCUCUAUUAAGCUACAAAGUUCUGGAUGGGACGUGCCCUUUUUCAGCAAUUCAUCCUCAUUGUGUCAGGAACGGCAAAUGACACGUUCUGGAUUGACAACUGGAUUCAGCGGAACAAACGAUAACCGAAGGCUUCUCCCAUUGACAAUUCAGCAGCGUGAUUUACCAGAGCUGUUACACACCAAUGCUGAGGUACUCACGUAUCUACUACAUAAAAGAAAUCGGGGAUAUAGACAUGCAGCAGUCGAUGGGAGACGCUUUACUGAGGCCGAACUUCUGAUGAAUCUGACGAGGAGCAGGAUCCGAAUACUUAUCGAUGCAGGUGCUUAUAUCCUGGAGAUGGACAACCGGACCCUUAUCAGAACCUGGCUAGAUCAGGAUACCGAGGCCCAGGCAGCGGUCUAUUUUGGACGCGACAAUCAAGCUUGGGUUCAAUAUAGAACAGGGAAAACGGUGCCCCUAUUUGCUACUCCCUUCGCUGACAAUUUAAAGGACUGCCUGGUCUAUCUUGACGAGUCCCAUACAAGAGGCACUGACCUAAAAUUUCCCGCCGAUGCGAGGGGUGCCUUGACAUUAGGGCUGAACCAGACCAAGGACCAUACCGUACAGGCGGCCAUGAGACUCCGCCAGUUGGGUCAAACACAAUCUGUCCUCUUUAUCGCGCCACCAGAGGUUCAUCAAAACAUUUUAGACGUCUGCGAGAAGGGGAGGGGCGAGACAAUCGAUUCAUCGCAUGUUGUUUACUGGCUACUUUUCCAGACCUGCGCUAACAACAGAGAGCUACAACCCCUUUUCUAUGCUCAGGGUGCUGAAUUCUGUCGUCGUAUUCAAGCGGCAGCGAAAUACCCCAAGUUCCUCAGCGAUCCCCUUCAUCGAGAGGCUUAUGUUGGUGUUCUACAGCAGCCGGAACAGCAAACGCUGGAACAACUAUACAAGCCACAAAUACUAGACAUCGACCUCAAAAAGCCUACGACGGGAGCCAGUUCUUUCUCGUUCAGUGGCAGGGUUGCCGAGUUUAUGCAGGUUCUCUGCCAACAGCACGAGCAAUCAAAGGUUUUCCAAAAUUCAAUCGUUAGCUCAGCGCUAGAGGAGGUCGAGCAGGAGCGGGAGGUUGCCUACGAGAUCGAAGAGGAACGGGAGAUUCAACGACCACAGCGGCUGGAGGCCCACCGGUUUCCCGGGUUGCAUCCAUCUCUCUCCCGUUUUGCAAAAACCGGGAUUCUGAAACGCUCUAGCUUUAUCUCAGCUGCCGAUGUACUCUUCACAACAAGCUUGGGAUUGAAAUACAGCAGUGAAGUGACUGCUCUCCUUCCUCGCUUAUGCGUUUCUUCUGAGUUCACAAAGACGGUCAAGCUGAGACCCGGCGAGAGGCGGGAUGAGUUUAUGCGCCCUGUUACCUGGAUAUUAUGCAACAUUGCAACCGAGGCCGUCAUUAUAGUCACUCCAGAAGAGGCGGAGGAAUUGAUUCCUAUCCUUCGCACGACUCCGGCGCCAUCGAUGCAUCUCAUUACAUACUCAGCGCCAGUAACGAAGCGGAUGCUCCACUUUAGCCACCUAGAUUAUUAUGCUAUCCCAUCUUUCCCUGCACAAUUUGCUAUUCCCUUCUGGCUUUCUGUUGAGGUCGGUAUCUUUGCAGGGAGGCUGUACUUUGCAUACACAGACUACGCUUGUCUACUACAACAGAUGCAGCCAGGACCGGAAAAGCAGAACUCCAACGGGCCCCUUACCACACGCCAGACGGCACGAAUGAGCUUUUUGGAGGAAUGGUUAGUUCUGCGUCGUCGGAACCAGGAUAUUUCACAUACGCCUAUGGGAUAUUUGUGUCAAAAUAGGACACUUUCUGUUGAUCACCCAUUCUUUGCAACCGCACAAGUACAGAAUACCGAGCCUAUUUUCCACUCAUCUGGAUACACAGGUGGGAGGAAAGAGGAGGAGGAAUACUAUGACAGCGAGGAAGAAGAGAUUGGCGUUUUAGAGCCCGAGGAAGCUGAUCAGUUCGAGUAG